UCUCUUUUUAAAAGAUAUCUCUAAAUUACACCAUGGAGGAUGUAGAACAAAUCCUCAAACCAAUCGUACACGCCGGGAACGAUAGUUUGCUGUCUCUGUUUCUGAACAAUCUGGAUGGUGCACGUAGUGCCGCCAAAUUUUCUACUCAAUCUACCGGGUAAGGUUUUUUGGAGUUGUCAGCGAUAAGCACAUUCUUUUUCGAUUCGUAGCUGCGGUUUCACUUCACUUCCACCAACUUUCGACUGCGCUUCUCUUUGGAAAGUGCGACCAACCAUGACCGGAUUCCCGGCAAACUCAUUAAGUGAAUCCGGUCCUCUUUCCAUCACAGAACAGCUUCACCAAACUACGCAAACUAGCGUCGAGCCUCUAUGAUCUGCCGGCGCUUAAUUACUGAAGCAAAUCGAUUAGUCCGCUUUGCAAUUCGUAGACAUAAACCGGUGGGCCACCGGUUGGCUUUAUGAACGAGAUUGUAGAGCGGAGAGACUUUACGGUCUUGCGAUGAAAUCCCCAGCCCAUCUACGUCAUCCACUUGCGCAUCGCCGAGCAUCGGCGGUUGGAACGUGGUCGACAGCCCGGCAGUCGCUGGAGUUGUUAUCAGCGGUAGGAAGUGAUUUGGUGCUCUGCUUGCGCGGUAACCCCAUUUUGAAGUGGUUUAAGUUAAGUGGCUGUGUGGUUCAUUGAAUUUAGAAAUACUGCCACACGCCCUGACCAACCGUUGACUCGUGGAGCACUUUUCUAAAUGGAAGGUACUGCAGUUCAUCACAUCGCUUCGCUGGACAUUGGCACCACCACUAUCCGAUGUUUCAUUUAUGCUGCCGAAAAGAAUGGACAACCAGUUACGGUCGGAACGGCGUACGAUCAUGUCGAUCUACUCUACCCAGCGCCAGGUUGGGUGGAAAUUAAUCCAGAUAAACUAUGGGCAAGUGUGCUGAAAACGAUCGAGCGAGCCGCCGAAGAUGCACAAUUAAGCAUCAACCAGCUAACAUGCCUUGCCAUAUCGACGCAACGUAACAGCUUCACCUGCUGGCACCGGCAGACCGGGGAGACCUAUCACAAUUUCAUCACCUGGAAGGACCUUCGCGCUGAUGACCUUGUGAAGCAGUGGAAUGGGAGCUUGACCUUGCGGCUGUUGAAAUUUGGUGCUAGCUUGCUGCACUUCUUCACACGCAGUAAACGAUUUCUGGCUGGAAGCGUGAUUAAAUUGAUGAACCCGCAGGUAACGCUGCGAUUGGCCUGGGUGCUGCAGAACAAUGCGGCAGUACAGGAGGACCUUAAAUCUGGAAACGUUCUGUAUGGUACCAUCGACUCGUGGUUGCUUUAUCGCUUGCGACAAGGGAGCGAUCGCACCAGGCCAGUAAAACACAUCAGCGACGUUACGAACUGUACCUCAACCGGGCUUUACGAUCCGUUCAGUCAACAGUGGGCCGGAUGGGCUACAAACUUAUUUUCAAUCAAGAAAGAGUUGCUGCCAGAGGUGGUCGACAAUUCGCACGACUUUGGCUACGUGCACGAGUCGUUGCUAGGAGCGAAGAUCAAAAUAGGCGCGUCCGUUUCCGAUCAGUCCGCGUCUCUGUGGGGCACCUGUUGCUUCCAGCGUGGUGAUGUGAAAAUCACCAUGGGAACGGGAUCCUUCCUCAACGUUAACACUGGACCGAAGUGCCUUGCAUCGGUGCACGGACUGUACCCCUUGAUCGGGCACAUACUGCAAGAAGCACCGAGUAACACGGAUAUUACCUACCUCAUGGAAGGUUCAUCCAACGACACGGGCUCAAUCAUCGAGUGGGCACUGAAUGUGGGAUUGUUUGAGGAUCCGGCGGACAGUGCCGGCAUGGCGGCAUCCGUUCCGCAUACCGAUGGCGUUCUCUUCGUUCCUGCCUUCAGCGGACUUGGCCCACCCAUCCAUGAUGAUACCGCUGGAAGUGGAUUCAUCGGUAUAAAGCCGUCCACUCGCAAGGAGCAUUUGGUGCGUGCCGUGCUCGAAAGUCUUGCCUUUCGUGUGGCGCUUUUGUACGACUGUGCGCUGAGGGAAACGGGAUUCUCCUUCGUCAGCAUCAAGGUGGACGGUGGAGUUUCGAAAAACGAUUUCAUCUGCCAAACGCUGGCCGACCUGACGGGCGUCCAGGUUGAACGUGGAGAAGUGACGGACUCUUCAGCCCUCGGCGCUAUGUUUAUGGCUGGGCUGAACUGUGGCAUCUGGAGCAGCAAGCAACAGCUAUUGCAGGUGAGGAAGGUCGAGAAAACCUUCUAUCCGAAUGCAAAGGCUAGAGACAAGCGCCUUAGACAAAUGCGCGCCUGGGAGAGGGCUGUGGAACGGUUCAAAAAGUGGUACAUGCUAGAGGAUAUUAAAAAUCUAGACUGAAAAUGUGAUAUUUUUUACAUGGGAUGGUGCAAAGUACAAUAAACACAGCCGCUUCUACAUAAGCAAUCAC